GGGGAGGGGGGGUGUCUUGAGUCUCAGGCCCUGGACCCAAAAUGGAGAGCUGUACUUGGCUUCCAGAAGUUGGGAACUCUGCUAGUUUGUGUGCUCCAGUUCAAGCCUGAAUCCCGUGAACAAACGGCAACAGGUGUGCCUCUGGGCAUGCGCAGAGUGUAUUUCUUGGUUUGCAGGAGGCCAAACGGAAGCUUCUUUGCCGAGAUUUCAGGCUUCACGGGAAUGACACCUUCUUUUCUGGAGACUUGGUGUUUCAGUUUGACCGAGUGCAUCAAUGCUAUUUUUAUUUUUUAAAAGACUUUUGGUAGAGUUUUGUUUGUCUGCUUCUCCAAAAUGCUAACCUGGGUGCUCUUUCCUCGCCUCCCCCCCCCCCCCCCCCGUUCUCUCCCCAACCCUCAAGGCGGAAGAACUUGUUGCCCAGCGUUUCCCAGAAAAAAUUAUGGAGCUAAAUAAUUUUUUGAAGGACCCCGAAUUGAAUAUCUCGGACCUCAUUUCCCUCCGUGCUGAGCUGGACAUCCCUGUGCCUGACCCCAAGAAAGACGAGGAACGCCGGAAGAAAAAGGAAAAGGAAGAUGAUGGGAAGAAAGAGAAGGAUGCCAAGAAAUCAGAUGAUGAAGAUAAAGCGCCCCCCUGUGGCCCCGUAGCCCACAAUGAGAAGAUCAUGGCCCUCCUGAACCGCAUCAAGCCGGAGAUCCAGGGGGCCAAGGAGAAGAUGAACGUGAUCUCUCUAUGGUUGCAGCUCCAGGUUCCACGAAUUGAAGAUGGCAACAAUUUUGGGGUGGCUGUCCAGGAAAAAGUGUACGAGUUGCUGACUUCAGCUCGAACAAAGCUGGAAGGAUUCCAAACUCACAUCGCCAAGUAUUAUUUGGAACGGGGUGACGCAGUGUCCAAAGCAGCCAAGAGUCCGCACGUGGGUGACUUCCGGCAACUGGUGCACGAAAUCGACGAGGCAGAGUAUGCCGAAAUCCGAUUCAUGAUCAAUGAACUGCGGAACAUUUAUGCUGUCGUCUACGAUAUCGUCCUGAAGAACUUCGAGAAGAUUAAAAAGCCGAGAGACGAAAACAAAGGAAUGAUCUACUGAAGCGGCUGACCGGAGACCGCAAAUGGAAGCCCCUCCCAAGACCGGCAGUUUCCCGUCUUCUUCUUUGCCUGGCAAACUCUUAUCCGCUCACGAAUAAAGGGGAUUUAAAUUUUGGCCAA